AUGUUAACCAUAUAAGAUUUUUUUGAUUUCUAUUCAUAUUUUGGAUUUUAUGUGGCCAAUAACGAGAUCUUUAAGACUAUAUUAGCCUAGGUUUUGGAUCUAAAUUAACUUUAAUAAUAAUUUCCCUAAUAUGGCACUCCACCAAAAAGUGUAAAAUAGUAAUAAUUAAAUGAUUCUCCAGAAUAAUAGAACUUAAUUGAUAAUUCUAAAAAUUAUGUAAUAGUUGAAUUUUUCACCUUCUAAAGAUAUACCUGUAAAAUCUUAUCAAUAACAGUAUUUACAAUAAAAGGAACGAUAAUCUGUUUCAAAAUCGGUUAAAUCUCAUUAAUUUAACACAUCAUAAAUAUCAUCUACAUCUAGAUAGGUUAAUUUAAUAGUAUAUUGAUAUCAAGAGGAGAAAGUGGGUUCACAUCAUUUUAUAGAGUGAGUAAGAUCUAAGAUGCUGACAUGAUGGGAUGUUAAAUUUAACAAAAUUUAUAAAAGCUAUUAGAGAUCAUAAAAUAGAAGUUACAGAUCCUGAAAUUACUAGAUUUAUAGGGUUUCAAGUUUGUAUUAAGAGGUGAAAUGCCAUAACAAAGAACUCAAUUAAUCAAAUAACUAUUUGAAAAUUAUCAAACAAACGAUUAUGUGACAUUAUCAACUUUAAGAAAUAAAUUUCAUCUUUAGGUACCACCUAGAUAUAAAAAAUGGUAACAAAAGCGAUGUGGAAAUCAUUUAUAAAAUAUCAAUGGAGGAUUUGGUCAUGAAAAUAUUACAAAAGAAGAACUAUUAGAAUUCUUUAGUAAUUAUAGUGCUUCAAUACCUGAUGAAAAAUAUUUCGAGUAGAUAAUUGUGAAUGUCUUCAGAUUGCUAUAAGAUGAAAGUAAGAAUCAUCAAGCUGGUAAUCAUAAAAGAAGUUAUUUAUAAGAUCAUCAUAGUUAUGUUUUACAAAGAGGAAUUGUUUCUGCAAACGCACCAUUUGGAACAUUUACCCAACAAGAAUAAUUAGCUUAAUCAAGACCUUAUGUUGGUUAUAAUUAACCAGCAUCAUUUAAUAUAUUUAAACCAUUGGAUGAUGUCAAAAAAAAAAGGCUAAUCAAAAUGGAUCUCAAAUUUAAUAAAUUCCACUUUCCUAAUCUUAGAUUUCAUUAUAAUCUCAGUAAUAAUAUGAAAAUCAAAAAAAAAAAGUUGGAUGGUGCUAACAUUUUGAGAAACAAAAUCUCUUAAAGAGGAUUAAGAGGUUUAAUAAAUAUUUAGUAUAGAUUUUAGUUGUAUGAUAAAUCUCAUUUGAAUGCUCUAUCAUAUUAGGAAUGGAAGAAUUGCUUUAAGUAAUGGAGAUUGGAAGUUAGUGAUUAAAUUUUAGAUGAAGUUUUCUAAUAAUUUUAAACAAAUGGAAUGAUGAACUAUAGAGGAUUCGUUAAAUAGAUGUAAGGUACAAUGAGUUUAAGGAAGUUUAACUCUGUCCAAGAAGCUUUUGAAUCUCUUCCUAAGGCUACCAUUGAUAUAGUUAAACAAUAAUUCAAUGCAAAAGAUCAUCCUGAUGCUAGAGCCAACAGAAAAAGGGAGGAUGAUGUGUUAUGUGAAUUUAUUGACACUUAUGAAUAAUAUCAUAUUGUUUAUACAGGUGGAGAUUAUGUCAAAAAUUCCAAUAUAACUUUUGAAGAGGUUAUUGGAUAUCACUAUAAUUUAAAUUUGUUGUUUAAAGAUGAUAUUUAAUUUUAAUAGUAUGUUUAAUCGGUGUGGAAUUUAAGGAGGUAAUUCUGA